CCCCUCCCCCGCCCGCUCCGCCAUGUUGUUUCUUCCUUUCCGGUGGCCGGCAGCGGUCGCGGCUUCGGGUAGCGGUGCAGCCGCGGCUCGAGACUGGCGGCAGCCUCCACCCCGCGGGCAGAUGAAGAUGACUUAGUAAAGAAAACUGCGAAUAAGCUUCAAAGCUGAUAAUGUGUUUAAUGUGUAAAUUUGAGAAUUCAUAAGAAGUUAUGAAACAUUGUCAGUGUUAUGGAACUGCUAAUUUUCCUGAUGUUCGUUAAAACAAUGAGAUACAGAUUGGAAAUCAAGCUUUCAUUUUGUUUUCAGAUGCUGAAUGAUGAUUUAAACUGAACAAUUAAGAGAAGCUGUGAUUUCAAUAGAAGAGGAAAAAAAAAUUGUAUCUUUUCCAUCCACUGAAGUGGAGAAACGGUGAAAUAUCCAGUAUCCUCUGUUCUCGCAAACACACUAUUUUAUUAAAAAGUUGUUACUAUAUAAUGGAGUAGGUCAAAUAACUUAACCUUAACUAAUAGCAGGAAUUAAGAGAUAAAUGGAGACACUGGAGCAUUUUAAAGACUUUCAGCAUGAACCUGGAAAACAUAUGUAAAUAGUCCAGUGAUUGUAGUAAGGCUGUUGUUUACAUGUAUGUAAAAUGGUACAUGCUUAUGUCAUGAGCCAUAGCAAUUAUCCCGUAGCUCUGUGAAAGGUAACUAAAGAAUCCACUUGUAGCUCUUUAGCAGUUUUUUUCCCAAUACUGUUGUGAUGUAAGCUUUGUACAAAUAUUGAAGAUUUUUAUAAACAUUGUUUUUAAUUAUGCAGUACAAGAAUGAAUAAACUUACUUGUUCUGAAUGAACUUUUACUGGAAGCAGUCACUGUCGCUUAUAUUUUGAAAGCAUUUCUUAUAAACACCUUGCUGUAGAUUGUGUCUAACAAAUAUUCAACAAUGGAAAGCCGGAGAUGAAAGAAUUCCUGAAAUUCUCAGCUUCUAAUGCAGGCCUUGAUUCUAAGGCAGCAUACAUCAUAUGAUUCAUAUGCCAGCUUGUAUCAGGUCUAGAAAACCAGGAGGAUCCAUUCCCAUAACAAUGGCAGCAAAAUCAUCACUUCUUAAAGUAAUACUGCUAGGAGAUGGUGGAGUUGGGAAGAGUUCGCUUAUGAACAGAUAUGUCACUAACAAGUUUGAUGCACAGCUGUUCCAUACAAUAGGUGUGGAGUUCUUAAAUAAAGAUUUGGAAGUGGAUGGACACUUUGUUACAAUGCAGAUAUGGGACACAGCUGGUCAAGAACGUUUUAGGAGCUUGCGGACUCCUUUCUAUAGAGGUUCUGACUGUUGCCUGCUUACUUUCAGUGUGGAUGACUCUCAAAGUUUCCAGAACUUAAGCAACUGGAAGAAAGAAUUCAUUUAUUAUGCAGAUGUCAAGGAGCCUGAAAGUUUUCCAUUUGUAAUACUGGGUAACAAAGUUGAUAUUAAUGAAAGGCAAGUGUCUACAGAAGAAGCCCAAGCCUGGUGCAGAAAUAAUGGCAACCAUCCCUAUUUUGAAACCAGUGCAAAAGAUGCCACUAAUGUUGCAGCAGCCUUUGAGGAAGCUGUCAGAAGAGUUCUAGCCUCUGAAGAUAGAUCAGAUCACUUUAUUCAAACAGAUACAGUAAACCUUCAUCGGAAACCGAAACCUAAUUCAUCUUGUUGUUGACUUAAAUUUUUUUUGCUGAAUUACUUUUGACUAGCUUGCUCUAUAAGAAGAUUGGAAAGGUGUGAUAUAUAACAAAUGGGUUCCACUCUACUAUUAAAGUUGUAAUACUCUGCUGCUUUCUUGGGGGAGCGAAGGGGAACAUACGAAAAACUUCCACUCAUGAGUGACCCAUUACUGAAUUAGUGACAUCUUUUGUUUAGUAAGGUGUCAAGUAAAAAUAUACUAAUAUAAGAAUGUAAUUUGCCAAGUUAAUCAAAUGAUAAAUACUUUGAAUAUAAUUAAAACUUGAAUGUUCUAGAAGCACUACUUUGGAGAAAUGGUUCUGGAAUUCAGAUACAAAGAAACUUUUAUAUAUGUGUAUAUAUUUUUAUGGAAUCAGCAUUCCAUUUUUGUUUCACUAAAAGUUUCAUAACAAUGCUAGAUAUUAAAAACAUCAGUCUCAUUACA